CCGGAGAGCAGGAUUGCUUUUGCUUUUUCUUUCCCAGGCUUCCAAACCAAAACAAGGGAAUAUUAAAACAAAAUGGCCGGUUGGAUUUGGUCAAGCUUUACUUUAAUCAUUUUGCUGAUAUUAUACGAAGAAUCAGUGUUCAGUAUACGAUGUGAUUGUCAUUUUCAUUGUCCAGAUGAUCACUUAAAUUUCACUUGCUUAUCUGACCACAAAUGUUUUACAAUCAGAAAAGUUAUUGAAGGUACAAAAGAUACUCGUUUAGAGUAUGGUUGCAUCAAUAAACAAGGUGCCGAGUUCCAAUGUGCUCGCUCAAACUCGUUUGUACCGAAUCGUAUUAUGUGCUGCGAUGAUUAUGACUUGUGUAACGAAGAUUUAAUUCCCGUGAUAGAGCCAGAAGUAAUUAACAGAUAUUAUGAAAAUUUGAAUAUUUCAAAGAAGGAACCUGUCAACAAUAGUCACAGUAUUGCUCUCACAAUUUCAGUGACUAUCUGCGUUGUUUUUUUAGUCAUAGCACUGAGCUAUUUCUAUCUAAGAUAUCGUCAAAUAACAUCAAAGAGAGAGCGCGAUUCAGAGCGGAAAUUGUUUAUAACUGAUGGUUCAACGCCUGUUUCAUCAUAUGGAGAACUAUGUAUGUCGUCUGAUACUGGAAGUGGAUUGCCUGCUUUGACAAAAAGGUCAAUUGCUUGUGAAAUUUCAUUCUACGAAGAAAUUGGUCGAGGUCAAUUCAGUGUUGUAUACAAGGGUCGUUGGAAGCAGCAAUAUGUUGCAGUGAAAUCUAUCUGCGAAGAAGAUCAACUCUCGUGGAACAGAGAACUCGAAAUCCACAAAACAGCUUAUUUGCGCCACGAGAAUAUAUUGUGUUAUAUCGGUAGCGACACGCAAGAGAAUGACACCACGCAAGAAGUGCGUCGGUUAAUUAUCACCGCAUACUAUCCUUACAAAUCCUUGUAUGACUUUUUACAGACUCACUCAUUCGACUACCGUAUAUUAUAUCGCCUUGCUUAUUCAGCUGUGUGUGGCUUACAUUAUAUUCAUCGGUCUAUAUCUGGCGUGCAGGGGAAGCCAGCCAUCGCUCACCGCAACGUGAAAAGUAAAAACAUACUUGUAAAAGAAAACCUAACAUGUUGCAUAGGAGAUCUGGGUCUAGCUAUUAACAUUGAUCCAGAAACGCGGGAAAUUAAUUUUAAUUCGUGUCAAAAAUUACCUGCAAUACGUUAUAUGGCACCAGAGAUUUUAGAAGACACAGAACUUUUGCAUUCGUUUGAUACUUACCAAAAGAGUGAUAUAUUUUCGUUUGGUUUAGUGUUGUGGGAAUUAACAAGAAGAUAUGAAUUAGCAGGCGUUCCAUUGGAUUAUCAACCUCCGUAUUUUGAAUAUGUUGGCACCAACCCAACGCUGGAAGACAUGCGAAAUAUUGCUGUACAUAAACAAAUUAAACCGACACUGCCGCCUCGUUUUGGCGACGAUUUUCAUGGUAAAGUAAUGAAGCGACUUAUUCAAGAAUGUUUACACUAUUCGCCCUCCGCUCGUCUUACUGCAGCUCGCGUUAAGAAGACGCUACAUAAAUGCGUGAUAGAUCAAAACUUUGAAGACAGUGGAGGAAGCAACACGUGCAAUACCACUUCAACUGGUCUGUCAUUAUAAAACUGCCUCAUAUUUAUGAUAUAAUGACGUAAUUACAACGACAUGCGACAACUAGUUGACUUAAAAACGACAAGUAAUCUUAAUUGCUCAAGACUCUUGCUCGCUUUGAGUUAGAACCAAUAAAUCUGGAUGGGCGAGAAAGCCGAGGAAAAGUAGAACCAUCUCUCAAGACUCCUGCUCGCUUUGAGUUAGAACCGAUAAAUUUAGAUAAGCGAGAAAGCCGAGGAAAACUAGAACCACCUCUGGAAACAUUUUUCGCUAUGCAAAGGGAUUGACGAUGUAGAAUAUGUUUUAAAAUCUACUAUUGAUGCCUUCGAAGUAGUGUAUCGCGUUCCAUAUUUUAGUGUGAAUGCUUACUGAGUAAAUUAGUGUUUUAUUUAUGGUGGUUAAAAUUUAGCGUUUUUGUACAGUUAUAUAUAGUUAGAGAUUUUAUUUUUUUCGUGAGCCGACUACUUAUGUGAAUUUAUCUUCAAAAGUACGGACAGUAAAAUUUCCCAAACGCUACCCUUCCAUGUUUUCAUAUGUUCUUAUUUGAAUGACUUUUUAUUACAGUUUUUUUUUAAAUGUAUUUUAUAUUUCAUUUUUUAUAAUUAUUUACUGUAUAUACACUCUCUUUUGUGGAUGUUUUUUCAACUCUGUUCUUCGAGGGGAACUUGGCUGAUUUGGAGAUUGUGAAACCCAAUAACUCUCUUCUCCAUGGCUAUUGAGGUUCUCAUCGUGUAGUUUUGCAUUUCUGUUUGCGCUAUUACAAUUUCUUACUCGCGGGAUUUUUUAAAACUCCUAGAGAUAUCUGUGUUCAUAUGAAAUCAACUUUGUUUUUUUUGCAUAAAAAGUAAGCACAUUCAGUUGCUAGAAAUUACCUUGUUUCCAGGACAUUUUGCCUUUGAUAGUCGACUCCGUAAUAACGACUCAGGAGCCAAAAGACCAUGGGGACAGGGUUGGCAAGAAAUCAGAGAUCUGCAUGUGUAUAGAUAGAUUUUUACACUUUUUUUUACGUUCUGUUCGGUUUAUUGUUUUCGUAGUAUACACAACCUCGUUUUUAGGGUCUACGUAGCCGUUCCACCAACAAGGUCGGUAAAGGCUAAGCACCCUGGGAACGAGAUUGUAGGCUAGUGUAUAAAUUGAAUAUGUAUAUUAUGUGACAACUUUUAAAAGAAUAACUUCAACUAUGUUUGAUAAAUUAA